AUGUUUGUCAACGGUAAUCAAUCGAAUUUCGCUAAGCCUGCCGGUCAAGGUAUACUACCUAUUCCUAAGAAGUCUCGGAUUAUUAAGACUGACAAGCCGAGACCGUUCUUGUGUCCCACAUGUACCAGGGGGUUUGUCAGACAGGAACAUUUGAAGAGACACCAGCAUUCGCACACCCGUGAAAAACCGUAUCUUUGUAUCUUUUGCGGUAGGUGUUUCGCUCGUAGAGAUCUGGUGCUUAGACAUCAGCAAAAACUGCAUGCUGCUCUUGUAGGUACGGGCGAUGCCCAGCACAUGACCCCGUCACCCAAUACCAAUGCUUCUUUUGCCCCCAAGCGUCGCCACUCAGUGACGGCAGACGACCCAUCUGACCUUCAUAUCAUUAAAAUAGCUGGGAACAAAGAGACCAUUCUACCAACCCCGAAAAACCUUUCUGGCAAAACCCCUGAAGAGUUGAAAAAGGCUGUGGUGGCGCUGGCUAAGUCAAAUAACGUAGAGCUUCCUGGGCCGCCGCCAUCGGCGAACAAUAAGCAAGCUAAAACCCCCCCUGGUAAGGCAGGUUCCCUGGAUUUCCGUGAGUUCAAGCCCAUGAUUAAAGACAUUCCGGUUCACUCUGCAUCGAGUGAUGCCGUUAUUGACAGAGUACAUAUUGCUUCCACUGCGUCUUCCAUGCACAAGACAAAAAGGCACGCAUCCUUCUCCGCAUCCAGUGCAAUGACUUACAUGUCUAACGAUAACAGUCCUCACCACGCGAUCACCAAUUUCGAACUUGCUGAAGAAGCCCCGCAUCAGGUUGGGUUUUCCACUCCACAAAUGACCGCUAAACAACUCAUGGAAAGUGUUUCCGAAUUAGAUUUACCCCCAUUGACCCUGGACGAUCCGCCGCAGGCCAUCAAGUUCAAUUUAAAUCUUUUCAACGACGGCCCCACCGUAGAACAACGGCAGAACUCUACCUCUACUACCAUAGUGAACAGCACUAAUGGCAGUAACGUUGCCACGCCUGGCGUAUACCUUUUAAGUAGCGGGCCAUCUCUGUCAGACCUUCUAACCAUGAAUUCUACCCACGCAGGUGCGGGUGGAUACAUGUCUAGUCACCAUUCACCGUUCGAUUUGGGUUGCUUUAGCCACGAUAAACCGACCCCUUCAGAGUUUAACCUACCUUCGAACUUCCCGCAUAAUAUAGUGUCGAGUUCCACUACGGCUUCAAACAGCUACAGCAAUCUGGCGAGUCAGCCCUAUAGAGAAAUGAGUAAUGUGCAACCGCUAGCUUCUUUAUCUCCGAGAAACCCGCCUACAACCGUGUCAGAUUCCCCUUCCACGGUCCAUUUCGGCUUGAGCGCCAAUAAUUUACUGGAACCAACAGCAGGGGUUAAUGAUGCCGAUAGCAACGCCGAUCCAGCUUCCAUAGAUGACCAAUGGUUAUCUAACUUCAUUAACAACUCCGACCCAAAAUCUAGCUUCAAGAUUAACUUCAACCACUUUAACGAUAUAGGGUUUAUUUAUUCUCCACCUUCAUCAAGAUCAUCAAUACCAAACAAAUCACCUCCAAAUCAGCCAGUUGGAGCAUCAAGCUCGGAGAAACCUUCGUUAUCACCUCAUUUGGCCUCAAACGUGCUAGGAAGCACAGAUUUGCCGGCUACACCACAAAACCAACUGAAAGAACCUUCCUAUUCGGAUUCUGUUUCACGGAGCUCUCAUAAGAGGCGCCGUGAUAGCGUCAUGAUGGACUACAAUCUGUCCAAUUUUUUCAGCUCAAGACAAGUGGACAUAUCAAGGGCUUUGACUGAGGCGGAGCCGAUCGAUGCUAAUGUGGAUGAUGAUAGUCUCACUUUAUCGUUUACCAAUGAAACUGACUCUAUGGCAACUCACAAACGGUUACAAGUACAUACGCCUUCAGACUUGCUAUCCCCAUUUUCUGUUCCUUCAACUUCACGAGCACUCUUUUCAAACGAACUAAGGAAUAUGAUGCUAAUAGACAAUAACAUCUCUUCGGAAGCCUUCCCCACGACUGAUCAAUUAAACGAUUAUGUUAAUAACUACAGAGAAGAGUUCGAUCCCUUUUUCUCAUUUAUUCACCUUCCUUCUAUCAUACCAACCAUGGACAUUUAUCCCUUAUUAUUAUCUGUUUCCAUGAUCGGUGCGUUAUAUGGGUUUCAUUCGACACACGCCAAGGUAUUGGCUAAUGUUGCGAGCGCACAAAUCAAAAAGAACCUGAAAGCCAGUGAAACAAACCCGGAGGCAACACAAUUAUGGGUUGUACAGACAUUAGUAUUAUUAACAUUUUACGGUAUUUUUAAUAAAAACGCUGCUGUGAUUAAGGGUAUGAAUGGCCAGUUGGCAACAAUCAUUCGUCUCUUGAAAUCUUCACGUUUAAAUUUACCCUUAGAGUCAAUUUGUCAACCCCCUAUUGAGAGCAAUCACAUCAUGGAAUAUGAAAACAGUCCUCUCAUGUUCUCAAAAAUAAAAGAACAAUACAACACACCAGAUCAAAUGGAUAAAAACUAUGAGUAUUUUAUAUUGGCACAGUCACGAGUUAGAACUUGCCAUGCGGUGUUGCUGUUGUCUAAUUUAUUUUCUUCUCUGGUAGGUGUUAACUGUUGUUUCCACUCGAUGGAUUUGAAGUGCGGUGUACCGUGUUAUAAGGAAGAACUAUAUCAAUGCCAAAACUCUACUGAAUGGUCAAACCUAUUAUCUAAAUACAGAAUAGCACUAGACUCGAAAUUUUCAUUGAUUGAAUUGUCUAAUGGAAACGAGGCUUAUGAAAAUUGUUUGAGAUUUCUUUCUACUGGUGACAGUUUCUUUUACGAAAAUGCUAAGGUUUCGCUAAGUACAUGUCUUUCAUUGCUGAUAUCUAUUCAUGAGAAAAUAUUCAUUGAAAGAAAUAAUGCAAGACUCAAUAAUGACAGCAGCAAUAUAGAGCUAGACGAUAUUGAAUGGAAGAUCACUUCGAGACAGCGGAUCGAUACAAUGUUGAAGUACUGGGAAAGCCUUUAUUUGAAAAAUGGUGGCAUCUUAACACCCACCGAAAACAGCAUUCUAACGAUAAAUUCCAAUCCAGCAAUGAGAUUGAUUAUUCCAUUAUAUUUGUUUGCCAAGAUGAGAAGGUGUUUAGAUUUGGCACAUGUUAUACAAAAAAUCUGGAUAAAGGAUUGGUCAAAUAUGAAUAAAGCCUUGGAGGAGGUUUGUUAUGAUAUGGAUUCAUUGAGGGAAGCUACCGAAUACGCGUUAAACCUAGUAGACGCAUGGACUUCAGUUUUUACCUACAUCAAACGUGACAAGCGCAGAAUUUUCAAAACUCCAGUUUUCACAACGACAUGUAUGUUCACUGCUGUAUUAGUCAUUUCAGAGUACAUGAAAUGCGUCGAGGAUUGGGCACGCGGAUAUAAUGCAAGUAGCCCCACAUCAACAAUAUUGACUUUUUCAGAUCGGAUCUUGUGGCUGAGGUCAGAAAAGAUUCUGAAGAAAUUACAAAAAAACUUGAUACCGAAUGAGUAUGAUAUAUUGAAAUCGUACACCGAUUUUCUAAGGUGGCAGGACAAGGACGCCUUAGAUUUGUCAGCACUGGACGAAGCGCAGGCCCAAAGAGCAAUGGACCCGAAUACCGAAAUAAAUGAGACAGUUCAAAUGAUUAUAGCGGCAAGUCUGUCCUCCAAAUGUUUGUAUUUAGGUGUUCAAAUAUUAGGUGACUCACCAAUCUGGCCCAUUACAUUGUCGUUCGCUCAUGCAUUACAAUCGAGAGCCAUUUAUAGCGUUACAGAGAAAAGAAACAAUAGGAUAUAA